UUGUUGGAAUUUUUCAGUUUACAAAUUGAGAUGAAGUUCGCAUCAAAUUUAUAUUCUUGAAUGUUAAAUUUAUUUCUUGAAUUCUUGUUACAUUCUUGAACGAAAUUUAAGAAAAUUAAAAUAAAUAUUACAAAUUUUCUUGCCGAAUUGGAAUUUGGAAUUUCAGAACCCAAUGGAUGAUUUCAAUAAUUAUUUGCAUAAAAAAUUUGGGAAAAAGCGUAUAGGUCAGCCUGUACCGCCAGUGGAAACAGAGACUGAGAAAGCUGAUGAAGAUUGCGUGUUCGUUCAAGAAUUCAAGUUACCUCAAGUAUUCCCUUGCAAUGGACAAAUAAAAUCCCCUUUUCACCCACUAAUGUCAUUUCCAUACAAUAUGUCACGUUUAUUUUUGUGUAAUAAGGGUAUUAAUUGUCGAAACAAUCAUUUUAACAAUAUUGGAUUAAAUAGAACUGGCAAUAUUUUCAACAACAUUGGGUUAAAUCAGACUGCUAAUCAUUUCAACAAUGUCGGAUUAAAUUUGACUACAAAUUUAAACAAGUACAAUUCAGAUAGCAUUCAAACUACAGUAUUAAAUGAAGCAAAUGAUUCUCUGCUCGAAGGUAUAAAUUCUGAGUCAGCAUACAUUGAAGAUUUAUUAAAAUAUCACUCAAAUAUGGUUCGAAGCUUUAAAACAAAAACCAGAACUGCAAAAGACCAGUUAAGAAGGGAUCAAAAUACUAUUUUAUGUCGUAUUUAUAGAAGACGUAAAAAAAUUGAGAAUCUGGAAUUGGAAUAUGAAAUUGAGUGUCUCAAAAAUCAUUAUUUAAAAAUAAUGAAAGAGCGUACAAGAUGCUAUCACUAUACCAAUGAACUGUUAAGACUCAUACAAGUAAAAUUAAUUAUUUUAACGAAAUUUAAAAAUAAUCCGCAUUGUGCAGAACCAGAACAGUGAAUUAUUUUCUUAUUUCUUAUUUAAUAUUUAAUAUUUUUUUUUGUUUUUAAUUUUUUGAAAUUAAAAUUAAUAUGAAUAUGUAUGUUAUUAACUUAGUAUUAAAGCAAAUUGAAUAAAGAAUAAUUUUUAGUUAAAGAUAUAUCUGAGCAAAUAAAAUGUU